AUGGACACCCAUCCGCUGAUGAGUUGCGUUGAGCAACUGACACCCGACCUCGGUAGCGAUGUUGUGGGCAAGGGCCUCUUCAUAGGGUUCCUCGGAGCGGCAUACCUAGCAUUCCUACUCCUGUUGGGGCACUACCUUCUCGGGUUCGAGCCGGAACGAUAUCCCUUUGCGUCUGCAAACCGGAGUGAAGGCAGAGGCGACGACGCGUUGCCUCUUGGGCGUAAGGUCGAAAGUCAUGAGGGUUCAAAAGAUGGCGAAGCCGAAGGCUGGAACCCCAACCCCGUCGACGCCGUCUUCCUCUCCUGGAUACGCGGGUGCGCCAAGAGCGUCCUCGCCGUCCUCGGUGUACACCGUUUCCUCGCCGCAAGGUGCAAGCCCAUCGUGCGGUUCUGCGAACUGGCUCUCCUCACCCUCUCCGACACGCAGGCUCUCACUGGCCUGGCUCUACUGACGAGCGCCGCCCUCUACGCCCUUCCGCAAGGCCUUAAUGCCACCAACUGGCAGUACAUCCUCCAUCUCUGCUGGUUCCCGCUGCUCACGUAUCUGGCGGCGCACACGGCGCUGCGCGGGCAUAUGCGUUCGCGGCCCUGGCAGAGAGUCGUGCGGUUGUCGGUUCUGGUGGUAUUCACGACCUGUUUCAUCGCGGCAUCGUUGCCCACCACCUUCUUCAACUGGGAGUACGACGACGGGUACGCCGAGGUCAGCGCGGCGAUGCCGCAGGACCCUGCCCUCUGCCUGUUCGACAUGGGCAGUGCCAAGCGCAGGUUCUAUGAGCUGGUGAGCGAGCGCUGCGAGGAGGGCAACGACUACUUCCGCGCUUGCACCGACCGGGAAUACCUGGCCCAGACGGAGGCGUUCCAGUUUGUGCUUUUCGGCGCUGUGGUUCUUGGGCUCGGUGUCGUGGUGAGGACUGUUAAGCUGUUUGCGGGAUCGUCUGAGACGCUGAAUGCGCGGGUAAGACAACCUGCCGGAAAUCUGAUGGAGAAGGUACUGAAGAGAGUAUGUGCGGCCUGUGGCGAGUCAUCAGCCUUUGGCGUCAGGCAGGGCGCUCGGCUUGCAUCCCUCGAAAAUGUCGAUGCGGAGAACUGGGUCGAGAGGCGAGUUGGCCCAGUCGAGGUGGUAUGCACCGCGCUGGCGUUCACGCUGAGGUUGCAGGUCGAUCUGCUGUGCUCUACACUUGCAGAGAUCUAUUACAGUCUCGUCCUUCUGGUGUGGGACACACUUCGUAUCAUGGGUUCUAAGCCAACAACGGGCUCCGAUCCGGCAACCCAGUGGAGCUGCGCGCAGUUCCUGCCUGUCCUACUCUUCGUCGCGCCGCUCCUCGCAGCUUUGAGCAUCGCACUCUCGAAUUCUGCGUCCAGAACCGCCUCCACUACCCCGACGCCCCAGGACGUACUUCGGGUAGCCCACAAGCCAGCGAAGGCGCGGUCUCCGUCGCCAUCCACGCGGCGCAAGAGGGACCUGAUCCCAUACCACCCAUCCCCCUAUCUCGGGCCCGCGCUCUUCAACGCCUGCGGCGCGCUGGUCGCCGUGACCGUCGUCUUCUUCGGCGCCUCCUUCAACUUUUCCCUCGGCUACCGGCCGCAGUACUCGAUCUACGAGGUCCUUUUCAAAGAAUUCAGCUUGUUCCCGUUCGUGCUUUUUUCGCUCCCGGUUGCGUGUUUCAUCGUUCUGCUCGCCGGUAUCGGGUAUGGUCUGUGGAAAACUGGGAGAGAUGAGGGAGCUGGGGAUGGGAUUGGGACUUGGAGUCGCAAGGAGAGGAUUGUGUAUUUGCUCCUGGGUGCUGCGGUGUAUGCGGUAAUUUGA